AUGCCCGUCCGGGAGCAUGACCAAGCUGACCGACAGGGCUCUGAGAGCUCUGGAAAAACCAGCUGGAUAUCACAAGAGACAGUGCGGGAUAACGAGGAACCACCAAGGAAUCUGACUAAAUCAGCCUCUACCGGCCGUGAUGGUCGUGAUGCGGAGCCGUUCCCCGGCACUUUGAUGGCCAGGUCCGGAUCGUCUCACGCUCCGAGGAUCGACUGGGGGUCUUCACAUUGGUCAUGGAGUUCACCGGAUAUUUCGCCUACCGAAGAACGGAAAGGUUCUGGCUUUAGCAAGGAUCGAAAAGCGCUUGCAAUUCUAGGAGCCGGUGAGGAUUUUACUCGACCUCAUCAUUCCAGCCCGCAUCCCCCACCCAUAAACCCGGCUCGCUCUAGUCGAGAAGGACUUGAAUCUAUUGCCCCAUGGGCUUCUACGGCUGGCUCAGACGGAGCUGGAACCUUUUUCAAUGACUAUUCCGAGCAUGAGGCAUCUCCAGCGUCUGCGACGUUUCGCCCUACGACAGGGCGAACAUUCGCCAGUGAACCGGCCGAUAUGGAUUACAACCGAGACCAUCGGCGACCAUCUACUGCAAGCAUGACGAGCAGCCAAGGAUCCAAAUCGAGUCUCAGUCAUAAGCCAUGGAGAAAGAAGUCUAAAAUAGCGACGGAUGAAUACACCGCUUCUGACGAGGCAGAGGAUAGCCAGCAAAACGCACCAAGCCGACGAGGAGGACCUAUUGACCAGUUGAAGGCCCGCGAACGGGCGAAUUCUGAUGGAUCAGACCCGUCCCAGCGGCCCUCACGACCACGGCCCGAAACGCCCCUGCCAUCAAGUGACAUCACGCCCUGGGUGUAUCAAAAUAUCAAAGAUGUUUCCCACUAUGGGGAAGCCCCUGUGCGCCAGGUACCUAUUGGGCCUGACGGUCAACGGAUCGAAUCUCGCGCUGGAACGCAUUCUGGAACCCGGGAGUCUAGUCGACGCGGGGCCAAUGGACAUCGGCAUUCUCGAAGUAAAGAAGAAAGGCCCACUCUUGCCGGUGAUCUAGCUGGGUACCAUCGGCCCUCUGGCGGACGCGAUGAUCUCUUCCUAGGGCUCAAGCCUUCUAACGAGAGCUAUUUGAACUCGUCCACCGCUAUGAGCUCAGUCACUAAUCUUGGUGGUCGAUCUGCGAGCCCGACGCCAAGUGUACAGAGCGCCAUCUACCGCGACAGUGGCCAAAGCUCUCCGGGCGGCCCAUCAACUAAACGUGGAAUUUUUGACAGGGUGGCAAGACAUCUGAAGCCGGGAUCACAUAAACCACAUGAGAAGACAAAGCGCGACCAGUCCCCCAACCGGCGUAGACAGCCCAGCCUAGAAGGAGCUUCUACCCCUCGUCAUAUGGACGCAGCGGAGGCAGACAGGAAGAAAGAAUCUGGCAAAGGUCUUGGAAUUGGGGCCCGCAAAUUUCCUCGGCGCGGCUUUACUCAUCUGGGAGAACUGCCUAAAGAUGGUCCAUCUCAAAGAGAUGAUAGUCAUGUUUUCAAACUCAACACCGAUCUCUCCGAUCUCAUUGGUAUUGUUCGCACUGAUCAAGGGCUGGUAAAUCGCGGCCCAGACGGCACAAUCACGCCGCGCGAAGAAGUCAGUCAACCUGACAUGAUGCAGCAAGAUCAGAUUGCCGACGACAGCUGGCACGCCCCUGAUAGUUGGCAAGUCAAGAAACAGCAAAACGAUAUGGAGAUGGAAGCCCAAGAUACCGCGCCGAAACCCACUACAGGUCUUCGUGAUCGUGACGGACCUUCUUAUUUCAUCCGGGUCUUCCGUAUUGACCACACCUUUGCCACACUUUCUGCCGGUGUGAAUUCGACUGUUGCUGAGAUUCUCUACAUGCUUGGUCGAAAAUCUUUCUUAUCUGACCAUCUGAAUAAUUAUGAGAUUGUUUUGCGGACGAAUGAUUUGUCCCGACAACUUGACCAUAAAGAGCGCCCAAUCCUCAUGCAGAAGCAGCUCCUGGAGAAGGUCGGCUACACCGAGAAAGACCGCAUAGAGGACAUUGGCCGCGAGGACCAUAGCUAUCUUUGUCGUUUCAUUUUCCUACCUACCAAAUUGAGUGGCUAUACGAGUCUGGAAGCCGAUCCCGGCUUCAGCAAGAUGCAGAAGUUCAGCCACGUUGAUCUUCAAGGUCGAAGCCUUGUCACCAUUCCCAUCACUCUCUACAAGAAGUCUUCGGAGAUAAUCUCUCUAAACUUGUCCCGCAAUCUUUCUCUGGAUGUACCGAAAGACUUUAUCCAAAGCUGCAUCAAUCUGCGCGAGAUCAAGUUCAUUGGCAACGAGGCCACAUAUCUGCCCACGAGCUUUAGUUUGGCAAGCCGAUUGACUUACCUGGAUGUCUCAAAUAACUUCUUGGACCAGUUGGAACAUGCGCACCUUGACCGACUCACCGGUCUUGUGAGCAUCAAGCUGGCAAAUAACCAGUUGACAAAACUGCCCAGUUAUUUUGCAAAGUUCCAAUCUCUUCGAAGUUUGACCAUGUCUUCAAAUGGGUUCAAAGUUUUCCCAGAAUUUCUCUGUGAGCUUAAAAGCCUUGUUGAUCUGGAUAUCAGCUUUAAUGGUAUUGAAGAGCUGCCGAAUAUUGGCCGAUUGACCACACUGGAGCGAUUGUGGAUGACGAAUAACAACAUGAGUGGUCCACUUGACCAGUCCUUCCAGAAGCUUGUCAAUUUGAAGGAGAUCGAUGGACGGUUCAAUGCAAUCUCAAACAUUGACAGCCUCUCUCGGCUUCCAAGACUAGAGCAAGUUUUCUUUGGUCAUAAUUUGGUUUCCAAGUUUAAGGGAGCAUUUCCAAGACUGCGCAGUCUGCACCUGGAUCACUGCCCCUUGACUCAGUUUGACAUUGAUGCACCAAUGCCUACUCUAUCUACGCUGAACCUUGCAUCCGGCAAACUCUCCCAAUUUCGUGACGGGAUGUAUGAGAACAUCGCUAAUAUUUCCAAAUUGAUCCUGGAUAAGAACCACCUUUCGUCAGUUUCGAUACAAAUUGGGAAAUUGCGUCGUCUCGAACAUUUCAGUAUCAUCAAGAAUCCUCUCUCCUCUUUGCCUGCCACCAUUGGAUGCCUGACCGAGCUUCGAGAAUUCAAUGCCAGAGAGUGCAAUUUGAAGGCUCUGCCUGAGGAGAUAUGGCAUUGCUCCAAGCUAGAAACACUUAAUGUGUCAACCAAUAUCCUUACAACUUUCCCAAGGUUCGGUGCACCAAUCCCACUGGUGCCUGGAGAACCUCCCCCAACCCCUGUUUCAACCCCUGGAGUGACAGGUAACCCUAGCUAUGAGGAGCUGGGACCAUUGAAUGAAAAGGACUCUCGCAGGCCAAGUGAAAGUUCCGGUGGGCCUCCUGCAUCUGGUACCUCGCCAAGUGGUUCCUAUCGCAACCCCUCGAUCGUUCCAUCUGUUGGUCAAUCUAGGAAAGUUUCAGCAGCAUCACGAUCAGCCAACACUGAAGGAACCUCGAACUCUAGAAAAGACUCUUACUUUUCUCAACAAGGAACAGCAAUCACGUUUGCAGGCUCUCUUCGAAAUCUGCACCUGGCGGAUAAUCGUUUAGAGGAUGAUGUGUUCCGGGAAUUGAUCCGUCUUCCUGAGUUGCGCAUUGUCAAUCUCUCUUAUAAUGAAUUGACCGAGGUGCCUUCAGGUGUCCUCAAACGUUGGCCAUUGAUCUCCGAGCUUUACUUAUCUGGAAACGAGUUGACCUCUCUUCCAUCCGAUGACCUGGAAGACAUAAAUCAACUCAAGGUUCUCCAUAUUAAUGCAAACCGUUUCCAGGUUCUACCGGCGGAGUUGUGCAAGGUUAGCAAGCUCUCCAUUCUGGAUGUGGGGAGUAACGGUCUUAAAUACAACGUAUCGAACUGGCCCUAUGACUGGAAUUGGAACUGGAACCGCAGCCUGAAGUACUUGAACUUUUCAGGAAACAAGCGACUUGAGAUCAAACCCAAUAUUUCAUCUAUGGGCCCAACUGCUAGCAAUGGUGCAGACCUCACUGAUUUCACAUCCCUGACUCACCUGCGAGUUUUGGGAUUGAUGGAUGUGACUCUCACAAUUCCAACUAUUCCAGAGGAGACCGAAGACCGCCGUGUCAGAACAUCUGCUUCGCUCGCUGGCUCCCUCGCCUACGGAAUGGCGGAUACACUGGGUCGAACCGAACAUCUUUCAAUCAUUGAUAUGAUUGUUCCGCGUUUGAAGCCAGACAACGUUGAGACGUUGGUCGGUAUGUUUGAUGGAAAUAUCAACUCGAGCGGAGGUUCUCGAGUUGCAAAGUACCUGCAUGAGCAUUUCACGCCUACUUUCUCCCAUGAGCUCAAAAAGCUUCACCGGGACCAUGGUGAAACUCCUAUUGAUGCCUUAAGACGGGCUUUCCUAGCCUUGAAUAAGAAUAUGGCAGGUUCAGCGUACAGAUCGAUUGAUGAUCGUGAGCUUCGGCAGUACCAUCGCGGAUCUAAUGCUUCUAAGCAGCUCAACCAAGAUGAUAUCCAGUCUGGCGGAGUUGCAACCGUUUUGUAUUUGAACAACAUGGAGCUGUAUGCUGCCAAUGUUGGUGAUGCACAGGCAAUUCUCGUCAAGUCAGAUGGCUCGCUUCGUUAUCUCACCAAAGUUCACGAUCCCGCCGACGCGACUGAACGAGCUCGCAUCCGUGCCGCAGGAGGAUUCGUGGCCCGCAAUGGCAAACUCAACGAUUCCCUCACUGUGUCCAGGUGCUUUGGUCAUUUCCCGAUGAUGCCGGCUGUUAUUGCCGCCCCUUCUACAAUGCAUACUACCUUGACAGAGCAAGACGAGAUGGUUGUCAUAGGCUCAAAAGAGCUUUGGGACUACGUGACGCCCGAACUUGUUGUUGAUAUCACCAGAGCAGUGUACCCGGAUCUAAUGUUUGCUGCUCAAAAACUUCGAGAUUUAGCCAUCUCAUUCGGUGCUACCAAUAAGUUGAUGGUGAUGAUUCUCGGUGUGAGUGAGCUUCAAAAGAAGCAAAAGAAAUGGCCGCGGCCGAGUGUGUCCUUGGGACCCUCUGCUUUCCCAGAAGAUCAACUCAUCACAUCCAAGCUUCGCAAGAAGCCUCGCGAUAUUCCCAGUGACUCCCGCCUUGCGCGAUUUGAUUAUGUGGAUGCUCCCAUCGGCGAACUGGCCAUCAUUUUCACAGAUAUCAAAAAGUCAACCGGCCUCUGGGAGACAUGUCCAGAUGCCAUGCGUUCGUCUAUCCAGAUCCACAAUGAUAUUCUUCGACGACAACUCGGCAUCAUCGGCGGCUAUGAAGUCAAAACUGAAGGUGAUGCUUUCAUGGUGGCAUUUUCAACAACGACUGCCGCCAUGUUAUGGUGCUUUAACUGUCAAAACCAGCUUCUCGAAGCUGAAUGGCCGACUGAGAUCCUCGAGCAGCCUCAAUGUCAGGUUGUUCUGGAUAUGGACAAUAACAUCAUCUUCCGCGGUCUAUCUGUUCGCAUGGGAGGACAUUGGGGUGAACCAGUCUGUGAAAAGGAUCCAGUGACCAAUCGUAUGGAUUACUUUGGCCCUAUGGUGAACCGUGCGUCUCGAGUUUCCGCUGUCGCCGAUGGCGGCCAGACCUUUGUAUCCUCCGACUUCAUGAGCGACAUUCAGCGCAAUCUAGAGGUCUUUGCAGAUGCCGAACGUUCUGCAUCAACCAGUUCUACCGACAGCCAAUCGCGAGUUGAUAGUCUUGGUCACAAUAUUCGUCGUGAACUGCAGCAACUCAAUAGCCAGGGCUUCGUGAUCAAAGACCAGGGUGAGAGAAAACUGAAGGGCUUGGAGAAUCCAGAACCGCUCUAUCUUGUUUACCCACAUUCGCUAUCUGGCCGUUUGGCCGCUCUUGAAGAAGCCAAUGAUGCAGGUGGUCCGGCUCAAGUAACGUCCAAUUCAGAAUUGCAGCUCAAGACCGAUUUGAUCUGGCGUCUUUGGGAGGUUACCCUUCGAUUAGAACGCAUUUGUGGUGCCUUGGAGAAUCCACUUGACCCACAACUCAGAGAGCCUAAUGUUGCUCUGUUCAACAUGGUCAAAAAUCAUGGUGGUGAAUUGAAUGAUUCCACGGUGAUCAGCCUGGUAGACCAACAGGUCACUAGGAUUGAGGCAACUAUCAACACCCUUUCCGUACGAAACUUGAUGCGUCCCUUCAAACCGGGCGAUCGUCUUGAAGACCAUGCCGUCCCCAUCGGCGAAGUGAUGCAACAAUUGCAAACUCAAAUGGCCGAAUACCGCGCCUUGAAAGAGCAGAUGGCCAACGGGAGUGCAGGCAUUCCCGUCGGAUCACCUCCGUUCGGCGGCACCCCUAUUAUGCAUGCCUCCGACAGUGUCGACAGCAACGCCACGUCCUCCGCCUCUUCCUCUUUUCUUCAUCUAUCUAGGGCAGCGGAUAACCCUCGCCCCCUCGAUAUUCAUCGGAACGGUCAUUGA